AUGGACCCAUUAGUUAAAAGUUUGUUGAAUUCUUCUCUGGACGAUGAUGAACCAGUAAAGUCACCGCGUACUUCUGACAUUUAUGAGGAUGAUUCUUCAGAACACGGUGGUCGGCAAACGGGUCCAAAAGGCGUUUUAGCAGAUCAUGAAUAUCAUAAACAAUAUACACAACAGCAAAAGUCUGUUUCAAUAGCCGCAUAUAACGAACGUAUGCUUUCAAAAGCUUUCACAACAACAACAUAUCGUGAAGAUGAAUUAAAUAAAAUUCAAGAGGAUGAUUUAUUAAAAGAUUUGGAAAAUCUUAGUUCAGAUGAAGAAAAACAGGUAUUAAAAAAAUACCGAGAACAAAGGUUAAGAGAAAUUAAAGAAAAUGAAAUUCAGAAAAUAAAUAAAAAAAGAUAUGGAACUUUAAGAGAAAUAUCUUCAAAUCAGUAUGUUAAGGCUAUAGAUGAUGAGGCAUCAGACGUUUGUGUAAUCAUACAUUUAUAUGAAAACUCAAUUCCUCAAUGUAGACUUUUAAAUGAUUGUUUGACACAUUUAGCUAGGAAAUUUGUCAAUUCAAAAUUCUUACGAAUUUUGGCUCAUGAUCUAGAGUUUGACCCAAUUGGCCUGCCAGCUUUAUUAGUUUAUAAAAAUGGUGAAUUAAUUGCAAAUCUGGUUAAGAUUACUGACGAAAUUGGUGAAACGAAUUUUGAUUCUGAUAUCGUUGAAGAAGUCUUACUAAGGUCUGUAUUUUUAAAUGAUUGCUUAGAAAAAUUUCUACAGUGUCUUAUAUCGAAAUCUCCUCAGCAGGCAUGGUGCAUUGAAUGUAACAGAAAGCGAAUAAGGGCAUGA